AUGAGUCUAUCCGAGGAGCAGCAGGUCAGCAGGCCUCCCAGCAAAGAAGAAGUGGAGGAAGAAGAGGAGGACACCCCUCUAUUCGCCAUUGCACCUAAUGCUUCAAUCAUAGAGGAGCUGCCUUCUGUUGCUACUGAUGUGUCUGCUAGUCCUGCUUUCCAGUGCCUAGAUGAGUUGUUGUUGUUGGGCAAAAUCAGCAAAACCAAAGCGGCCACACUGAAAGCCAGCUACAGGCAACUCCUUGACACACUGAAGAGUUCUCAGGACUCUGAGAUCCAGCUCUUGGGAGAGGCGAAGAGGUAUCGUGCUGAGUGGGAGAGGCUGCAUACCGAGGUGGAGAGAACAGAGGAGCAGAGCACCUCCGAGGAGCCUGAGAGUGAGGUCAACGAACUGAGGCAGCAGCUCCUGCAAGCAUACAAUGAAGUGAAAGCAGCUGAGGACAGAGAGUACAAGACACAACACAAACUGAAGUGUCUCUGGGAAGAGAAGCGGUGUCUGGAAAGUGAGAAUGAGAGUCAGACGAAACCUGCUGAGCUGGAGAGCAGAACAAAGGCCCUGCAGGACAAAUACGAGGAUCUGAGAAAAGAGGUGGCUCAGAGACAAGUGGAAGUCAGAAGUCUGAUGGAAGACGUGGAAACCCAUGAAAUGCAGAUAUUGAAGGAACAGAAAGAGCUGGAAGACAAGAAGAACAUCAUAGAGCUCAGAGAGGCUGAGAAAGCCCGGCUCAUCAGCGUACCUGACCAGAUUUUAAAGGAGAUAGGAAGGAAACACUCUAAGAGGGAAGCUGCAAUGAAGAAGACAGAAACACUAAACACAGAGAUUUCAGAAAUGGAGCAGCAAGUGAAGGGGGCGGAAGAGCGUAACCAUUCCCUCAAAUCGAAGAAGAAGGAGUUGAUGAAGGAGCUGGAGGGAGUCAGGGCCCAGGUAGAGGCUCAUCAGAAAGAGUGCAGACAGCUGCUGAAAAAGCAGGAGAUCAUGAGGGAGGAGGAGGUUGAAGUCAUGGGGACCAGGGGUAUCCUGGAAAUGAAGCUGCAGAACAUCCUGUGCGAGAGAAAGCACCUGUAUGAGAGUCAAUCUGUGCAGCUCAGGGAGAAAAAUAGGCAGAUGCAAGCACUCAAGAGGAUGGAGCAUGCGUUGACCAUGUCUGAUGAGCAGCUCCAACACACGCAAUCUGCGUACACUGAAUUACAAGCACAGUCGGAUGCUGUUCCCAAUAGAGAGACCUGUAUUCAGCAGCGGGUGGAGCUCCAGAAAGAGGUGGAAGCUCUCAAAGCCAGCUUUGAAAAACAGCUAUCAGUAGCAGAGGAGGAGAGCCACAAGAAGCAGCAGUACAGAAUGAUUCAGGAGCUGCUGAGGGAGUCAAACUGCCUCCGAGAAGAACUCCACAACCUCAGAUGUCUGACACAGAUCAAAGCUGAGGAGAGGGGCCAAAAGCACCGUGAGCAGCUCAGGGCUGAGCAAAUGAACCAAAACAUCCAGCAGGAACUGCGACAAAAAGCCCUGAUCAUCAUGGACCACAACAAGCUCAACGCUAUGCUGCAGCGCAGACUAUUACAAUAUUGUCAACUGUGCGACAUGAUCACAGAAGAGAAGAAUAAAUAUGUCAAGCUGAAGCAGAUAUCCUCACAGACAAUCACGGAGUUGACGGAGCAGGUUAAGGUUCUUGAGAAUGAGACAGAGAUCCAACGCAGCAUAGUCAUCAACAAGGACAGAUCACUCACAAAGGCUCAUAUGAAGAUCUCCAACAGCUGCAAAACGAGGGACAGACUAUGUAACGACAUAUCCAAGGUUGCUUGGAAGCACCGACAGAUCAGUCAGGAGUAUGAAGACAACAAAUUGGAGUUGAUUAAGCUCACACAAAUGAGCAACCUCCAGGAACAGGCACUUCUGGACAUAAACAAGAAUCAUGAGAUGGCCAUACAGCGCCGCAAUUCCCUUGGUAUUCAGCUCCUGGAACAUGAGGAGGUGUUGUUCAACUACCAUGAGAAAGUGAACAUCCAGGAGGCAGUGAUCACAAAAGGCAACAUGACACUGGAGACCCUGGAGAAGGAGAUGAGAGACUUACAGCUGGCUAUUAACGAGGAGAAGAGACAGAUUGACCUGAAGAAGAAGGAAGUGCACGUCAAGAAAAAGCUGGAGGGAGAGAUUGCCAUGCUGCAGAUAGAGUUGUCAGAAGCCAAGGAUCAGACUCUAGAGGGUCUAAAUCGAACAGCUGAUUACAAAGAGCUAACAGGCACAGACCCCUCAACUGUGGAACUGGUUAAGAAGAUUGAUCAGCUGGAGGUGAAUCUAGCGGAGCGUGAGAGGCAGUUGCUGGAAAAAGAACUCCUCAUGGACCAGGUGACCCGGCUGUCGAAGCCGCUCAGAGAGCAGGCAGACAACUGCCAACAGGACAGACUGUCACUGGCAAAGAAGCUGAAUGAGCUUCGAUCUCAUAUAAUCGACACCAGUCACCAAAUGAUGGCCGUCUCCGCGGAGCUGGCUAUGAAGCAAGCCGCUUCUUUGUCUCUCCGGCAACAGAUCAAAGAGAAAGAGCUCCAGAUGGACAGGUGCCAACGGCGGCUGGAGCAGGGCCUGCCACUCUAUGAUGAGAUAGAGGAGGAAUGGAGAAGGAUGCUCCGGGACAAGAAGAGGAGGCAGAGGGACAAAGAGGAGAAAGAAAGGCUGGCUGAAGAAAACGAGUGGAACCAGUUGCCUAAUGGAGAGUACACCACAGCUGAAGUCCGUCCCAACGCAUACAUCCCCCAGUCUGACCAGCUCCCCCUACCAAAACCCUACGGAGCCCAGGCCCCCUUCAAACCCUCCCAGCCAGGAGCAAACAUGAGACAUGUCCGCAAACCAACACUCAAACAUGUAGAGAUAUAGAAAGCAAUGUGCAUACAUUCAGAUUAAGACCACUGUAAAUUCAUAGUGAGUGGUAGUAUGGAUUUAUUUUUAAUCAUAAUCCACACAGUUCACAUCAGUGUCCUCCAGAAACAUUUCAUCUCCACUUGAGGAAAAAUGUAAAAGCAAGUGAGCAUUUAAAAUAUUUUCCAGUGCAUUUUUGAGAAUUGGCUCUUUCCUAUCACACACCUAUAUAUGUAUCUGCUCCUGCCUUUUCCUUCCUCUUGCUUUUUGUGU